CAACAAGAAAGUUUUAAAACAUUAGGUAUUUGUUUCUAGAUUGUUUUCCAGUAAUUAUUACUGGAAAUAUUACUACUAUUUCCAGUAAUUAUUCAGUUAAAUUUUUAUUCAGUUAAAUUCAGUUAAAAAUGUGAUUAUUGUCAUUUAUGAUGGAUUACGCUUUAUAUAGCUUUUUAAUAUUUGGAUUUUGUGAUGUUUUAAUAGGAUUUCCAGAAGAAGGUUUAAGUGUUUCAAUGGUAAGUUCAAAGCAAUAUGAUUAUAACAAAUGGCAGACACUAACAGGCUGGAGAGUCUCAUCUCAACUCGCUGGACAGUAUAUAAGAGUUUUGGCCUUUGACAACACAAAAGCUGUUGUAACCAUUCAAACAUCUGGUAUCUAUUAUGUUUCUUUUCAUUUAAUACUUGAAGACAUUCAAGAUUCUUUAACAGCUGCAAUAUCAAUUAAUAAUAAGUAUGAUAAUUUUCCUAUUGUAAGUGCUCUUAGAGUAAAUGAUAUUAACACUGUUGGUGCUGCAGGUUUUUUAAAAUUGACCGCAAGUGAUACAAUAUGUUUGCUUGCAUAUUCGACAAAGUCGUACAUUGUUAGCAAAAAUACGGCAUUAAUUAUUCGCUAUCAUGGUGAUCCUUUAUCAGCCUCUGGGUUUUUGUUUAGUUUGCCAGAAUAUUUGUUAAAUAGCCAAACAACUACAAUGUUAUUAGGCCCUUGGGUAGAAGAAAUAUAUGGACAUUUUUAUAGUACCUUGAGCUUUCGACCUGGGCAGUAUGAGUUUACAAUACCCUUAAGUGGUUCAUACAUGAUUACAUUAAAUCUUAUUUUGACAAUUCUUCAGUUUGACUAUGAUAUAAAAUUAGAUGUUUAUGCAAGUGACACUUUGAUAUUUAGUAUGAGCAUUGAGGAAAUCCCCUUUUCAACAGCAACAGUAAACUUAAAUGAAAUUAUACACUUGAAUGUAGGAGAUGUUCUUAGAAUUGAACUUACAACUAAUGGCGCCAGAAUCAACUUGCGUGAUUUAAGUAGUUGGUCUGUUUUGUUAAUGAAUCAACUGGAUAAUGUAAACAAUGGUUUUCAUAGAAGUCUUGAUAAAAACUUGCUACUUUUAGAUACAAAAAACUAUCAGACUAUUGGUAACUGGGUUAUUCAGAACAACACUUUAUACUUUUCUCAGUUUUUAUCAUCAACAAUUGAAAAUGGAAAAAGUUUUAAUACAAAAAGUGUAGGAAUGUUUUAUGUUACAACAGACCUUAGUUUUUCACUUUUCUUAAAUAUUUCACAAUAUGGGUCAUUUUCAAUAGCUUUUUUUCAGGAACCAAAUGUUAUUUUUUCAGAGAAACGAGUAAUACCAAAAUCGCAAGGAAAAUUAACAAAUGUUAUAUAUGGACAAAACUAUCGAGUUAGUUUAGCUGGUGUAUAUAAACUUUCCAAGGUUACCCCUAUAUCUAUAGCUAUUAAAGGAGAAAACAUAACCAAAUUUGUUAUCAAUAAAGAGUCUACUUUUGCUGUUAUAGAAACCAGCUCUUCAUAUCCUGGAUUUCAUGCAGCAUUAGAUAGUUCAAUGCAUGUGGCGAAUCGUGAUAGAAAUAAACUUGACGGCUGGACAACCUUGUGUGGAAGUGGUUUUGAAGGGUUAUAUGAUUUUACAAAUGGCUUAAGUAGUUGGAAAGAUAAGUAUACAGUAAGUGAAGAUGGUUUGUAUUUAGCAGUUGCAAAUGUUGUUGUAAGUGAUGUUGAUGAUGGUUUCAUUUAUGGGUUUAUUAAACAGCUUAAUACUGACCCUGAUAUUAUUAUAGCAAAAACAUUUACUCCAUCAUCGAAAACAGCUGUUACCUUUGGUGGUUUUUUUUUGCUUAAACGAACAGAGACAGUAUUUGUUGAGCUCAAAACAGAUACUGAUGAAGAUUGGAAGGUUUUGAGCUCAGGGUUUUCUGUUGCUUACUUGGGAUUAAGUCCAAUAUAUUUUUUAAGUGGGUUAAAUGAUAAUUUUUUUGUUAACUCUAAGAAUGUUAUAGUUGAUAAUUGGAAGGACACAACAUAUAAUUUACUUACAAAUGGUGUAUUUGUUGCACCCUACGAUGGUGUAUAUUUUACAGUAGCAAAUAUUAUUCUUGAUGUCAAAAAUGGUUUCUCAGAAAAUAAAGUUUACAUAAGUUUAAAUAGACAGGAAAUUAAAGGGAUAUUUAGUAAAAAAAGAACAACAACAGCAAUUAUUGUAUCAUUGUUUUUGUCAGGCUCAUUUUAUGCAUCAAAAAGUAGUGUUAUUGCUUUAGCAAUUCAAACAGACAUUAUUGGGACUAAAAUAUCAGUGGGAAGUACAUGGGGUGUUGUUCUUGUGUCUACUUCAAAUCAAGCAUCGGGUGCAUUAGGGGUGUUGAAUUCAGAUACAUAUUUUGAUCAACAAAAUGAAUGGCAAAAUGCGGGAAACUGGAUGUAUAAAGACAACCAAUAUAAUAAUGGGCAAUAUCUUCGAUCUAAUACUCUUUCAUUUGAUGAUCCAACUUAUAUUGAAGUACUUGAAGCUGGUAUUUACUUGAUCUCUGCAAACAUUGAAGUAUUCUAUACAAUUCCAAAUCCACAACUAUACAAGAUUUCAAUAAAUUUAAAUGAUGAUUUGAAUAAAGAAACUGGUCUUAGUUUAUGGCAAACAUCAGUUUGGCCGAAACAAACAUUAAAUUUGUGUGGGGCACUUUAUUUAAAAGAAAAUGACAAAGUAUAUGUGCGUGUCUUAUUUACAUCUUUUCCUAAUACAAUAGUUUUAAGUGGUAGUGGAUUAUCCAUUGAGCUUUUAUCAAGUAGAAAAAUAUAUUCCACAUUUUUUGCAAUGUUAAAGGAUGAUUAUAAAGUUGGUUUAGUUAAAGGUAAUUUAUCAAAUUGGUAUUUUCCUACAUUGCUAGCUAGUACAAGUUUUGAUUUGAACACUGGUGUUUUAAUCAUACCUCAAUCCGGAUUUUAUAUGUUAUCAUUUACACUUCUUGUUGAAAAAGCUUCAGGAACACUUGUUAAUGGGAUAACAGUGGCUCUUUUAAUUAAUUCUGCUCCAAAAGAAAUAUUUUCUUAUGUAUUUGAGGAAACAAAGAUGCAUUUUCAUUUCAGCAAUAUAUCUGUUUUUAAUUUUCAAGAUCAAAUUUCAUUGUGUGUUAUAAAUAUUUUUGAUCCAAGUGUUAGUAUGUUCAACAUUUCAGAGGAAAUAAUUAGUGUAAAAAUAAGUAAAACAGCUUCAUCGUUUUCUUUAUCAUACAUACCUGAAAUGAAGGCAUCGCGAAGUUGGGCUAUGAAUAUUUUUACUCCUGAAGUUAUUCAAGUUUUGAAUAAAGAUAUAACACUUCAAAGUUGGUCUGAUCCAGAGAAUCAACUGAGUGCUUCUGCUUCAGGAGAUUAUUUUGUAAAAACCUCUGGAAUAUAUUUACUUAAAAGCAAAUUUAAUCUUUUGAACUUAAAUGGAUCAAUUGAAGUAAGUUUUGUUGGUAAAAAUAAUGCAAAGAUCUGUGUUAGCUUUCUUAAUGGUGGUAUAAAUUGUAGUGUUGAAAUGAAUUGUUUUACUGAAUUACUACUCAAUGAUGCUGUCUCUAUUGUUUUGAAAUCGUUUGAUGCUCCUCUAACGGUUGACAUAGGAUCAUUGCGAAUUGCUAAUUUAAUCACAACAAAUAACUUUGGUUUUGGAAAAACUCUUUUAAGUGAAAUAUAUUUGGAGCCACUACCUGAUAAUUGGUAUUCUAUUGGACCAUGGACAUUUAAUAAAACAGGUUAUUAUGGAUUGUUUAAUAAAAAAUUCCAAUCAUUCGAAAAUCAGUCUAUAGUUUUAUUGCAAGGAACUUAUCAGGUUGUUGUAAAUCUUAUUGUUGAUCUUCGAAAAAGCAGUUUCCUUGGUAAUCAUUCGAUUCAGUUGAUGUCUGGAUUGUUUCUUGACAAUGAAUUGCUAAUAUCGAUGUUCCAGCAAACUUUAUUUACUGCUCAGCAAAAUGUGAUGACCAUAAAUUUAGUUGGAAAUCUUAUCAUGAAAAAAUGGACACAAAUGGAGAUUAAAAUUAAAUUAUCUUCAAAUGCUAAUGUAACUUUACUUCAAACAAGUUCAUGGGGUGUUGCAUUAAUAGAAAAUUCUCCCUUUUCAAAUACUUCAGACAAAGGACCUAUUAUGCUGACUAAAUUUUCACCAGCCAAUUACUCUACGUGGGUUGUUGGUAUAAGUAAAGAAUGGAAGUGUGAAGCAUCUGGUGACGGCAACUUGGCAUACAUAUGGUAUAAAAAUAAUGAGAUUAUUGAUGUACAAUAUGAAAAUAUUGGAUAUUUAAAAAUUGCUGGAAACAUCAAUGACAGUGGUAGCUAUAGCUGUGUGGUUCAGUUAGAUAACAUUAAUGUUUCUUCCAAUUCUCUUUACAUUAAUAUAUAUGAUAUUGAUGAAUGCGCUUUAAAAAUGAAUAACUGUUCAACAAAUGCAACUUGUUUUAAUACUCCUGGAAGUUUUUUUUGUCAAUGCAACUCUGGAUUUUCUGGUGAUGGUCAGUUGUGUAAUGAUAUUAACGAAUGUUUGCUAAAUACCUCAUGUGCACUAAAUGCAAUUUGCGAAAAUGUUCCUGGAUCAUGGAAUUGUAAUUGUCAAACUGGAUGGAAUGGUACUAAUCCAAAAAAUAAUUGUACUGAUAUAAAUGAAUGUGAAAUAAAUUCAAAUAUUUGUCAAAAAGUAAGAUCCAUGUGCAUAAAUACUCCUGGAUCUUAUAACUGUAUUUGCAUGGAAGGGUGGCGGAAUGAUGGAGUUAAUUGUAUAGAUAUAAAUGAAUGCUUAGAAGAAAAUUUUCAAUGUGACAUCAAUGCAUUCUGUUUAAAUACAAAUGGUAGUUAUAAUUGUAUUUGCAAUAAAGGUUUUGAAGGAAAUGGAAAAUACUGUGAAAACAUUAAUGAAUGUUUACCCGAGUAUGAUUUUCUGCGUAGUAUUGACAAUAAAUGUGUGAACAACUCUGUGUGUGUAGACACAAUAGGUAGUUAUACAUGCAAUUGUCAAAAUGGAUUUGAAGGGAAUGGUACUGUCAGUUGCAAUGACAUUAAUGAAUGUGAUAACCCAACUUUUUGUAAUGCUAAUGCUGAUUGUAUAAACACAAUGGGAAGUGCUCAAUGUAAAUGUCGAACUGGUUGGACAGGUGUUGGAAAGCAGUGUACUGACAUAGAUGAGUGCCUUGAAUCUAAUAAUUGCAAGAAUGGUAAUUGUUCAAAUACAAUUGGAUCGUAUACUUGUGUAUGCUUUACUGGAUAUCAGUUGAAUGGUGUAACAUGUCAAAGUAACAAUGGUGGCUCAACUGCAGCGCAGACUUCUUGCGGUGACCCAAAAAGUUACAGCUGCAUGUGUGCUGACACUAAAAAACGGGACAACAAUAUCCUUUGCAAUGGUUUAUUUUUAGCGCUCAUCAUUCUUUCUGUAAUUGCAAUAAUUGUUGUGCUAUUUGUCGUUAAGUAUAUGAAAUCAAGAAAAUUGAAGAAAAUUGGCCCAGUGAAAGUGCAAAGAGAUAAGUACAUAGAAAUGGAAAACGAGUCUGAGCUAUAAACACUUUUAUUUUGCAUAAGUUUUUGUAAAUAUUUCUCGGAUAAAUCUAUUUAUAAAUCAAUUUAGGUUUAUAAAUUGAAUGAAUAGAAAGGUUAGCAGCAUCUGCAAGCACGAUACUCGAUACAAAGAUUUGACUUUGUAUAUAUCGUUUUAAUAGUUUGAGAACAAAGUUUUUCUUAAAUUAAACCAAUAUAUUGAUAUACAUUAAAUAAUUGUAUUUUACAAGUACUUAUUUUCUUGAAGGCUUGUAUUCAAGUCGAAGAAUAAAAAUCGCA